CUGUAGCUAGGGCGCCAUUAGCAGGAAACCGGAAGUAAGUUUUACAGCUCCUGAGCAUGCGUCGCAUUCCUUUCUCAUGGCGGUGCCUUCGAAGGUUGGAAACAGCGAAAACUAAUGAAAAUUGGAGGAGAAACAAGACUUGAUACUCACGUGCAAUGCCACAUUAAAACCUGAGAAUGGACAACUAUCAUGUUUUGGAGAUCAUUGGUGAAGGUUCCUUUGGUAAAGUUUACAAAGGUCGUCGAAAGUACACUGGACAGAUUGUUGCCCUGAAGUUUAUUCCCAAAGUGGGAAAGUCUGAUAAGGAGCUGCGGGGGCUUAGGCGGGAGAUUGAGAUCAUGCGUGGGCUUCAUCAUGACAACAUCAUUGAAAUGUUGGACAGCUUUGAUACAGACAAAGAGGUGGUGGUGGUGACAGAUUAUGCAGAGGGAGAACUGUUUCAAAUUUUAGAAGAUGAUGGAAGCUUACCAGAAGAACAGGUUCAGAUCAUAGCUACCCAGCUUGUAUCAGCCUUGUUUUACCUGCAUUCUCAUCGUAUCUUACAUCGUGACAUGAAGCCACAAAACAUCUUGCUUGGACGAGGUGGCACAGUAAAGUUGUGUGAUUUCGGCUUUGCACGGGGAAUGUCAACCAACACCCUGGUGCUUACUUCCAUAAAGGGAACACCACUUUACAUGUCGCCUGAACUUGUAGAAGAGAAGCCUUAUGACCAUACAGCAGACUUGUGGGCGUUGGGCUGCAUCUUGUAUGAACUCUUUGUUGGAACGCCACCAUUCUACACAAACAGCAUUUUCCAGCUUGUGACAAUGAUCAUCAAGGACCCUGUGAAAUGGCCUAAAAACAUGAGUUCCACAUUUAAAGACUUUUUACAGGGCCUCCUUAGUAAGAAUCCUCGUCACCGUUUGUCUUGGCCUGACCUUCUGCAUCACCCAUUUGUAGCAGCCAAUGUCAAAGUGUCUGAAGCUGACAGUCUGUUGGAAAGUCCUUUCACUCAGCCUCUCUCAGCAUCUAUGAUGGUCCUGAAGGAGAAGCAGUCUCGAGAGAAAGCCCACCCACCAGGUACAUCCAAGAUCCUAGCCCGUGCUCGCCGCAAAGCAAUGGAAGAAGAAGACAAAAAGAAAGUGCUUGCUGGGCUACCAGUAGAACCACGUCCGCAAGCCUGGGAGCAGGACCAGACAGAUGCAGCAAUCAGAGAGGGCAAAGAAGGGGAGGGUCUGAAUGUUUGGGAAACUACAGGCAUCAGCAAAAUCAAGGGACAGAACAUGGAACCAACACCAAGACUGGACCGUAUUAGUAAGGACUACAAAAAAGAAUACCCAAGUAUUGAGGUUGAGGGCCGUCGGACUUUAAAAAAAAAGAAUGAUCAGAAAAACAUUGAGAAUGUAAAGCUGGAUGGAGAGGAAGUGGACAGUGAAGAUGAAUGGCAAUCCCUGAUUGAGGCAACGGAUCAAGAUGGAAAUCCAGAUGUAGCCCUGCGCAUGCUUACAGACCCAUUACUAAUUGAGCGAUUCAGAGUUCGCCUUGAAACCAGUUCUACCCAUGUUCUAGAAGGAACACUAGAGGGAGCUGCCCGUCUCAGAUCAGUCCUUCGAGUCAUCACCAACCUUGUUACGUUAAAAUGUGAUGUAUCAAACAUCAUUGCCUUUACAAACAAAGUGGCCAUGCCAGGCAAAAUCUUGCAGGUCCUUGGAGAAAUUCUCACAAUAUCCUCUGUGAAAGAGCAACCAUGGGCACAGCAGAUUUUGAUCGACCUUGUGAUCACUCUAAAUGCCUAUUUUGCAAGUGAAAUAAGUUGGAGUGAUAAUGUGGACAAGCUUGUAAUUGAUGAAUAUGACAGUGCUGUGAAGCAAUUUCUGGAGCUGGUGCCAGAGCUUCUUUCACAGCAGAUUGAUGCAGAUCUGAGACUCAGAGAACAGACUCUUUUAUGCAUCAUCUAUCUGAGUGAAGCAAUGGAUCGUAGCUCAGUCAGUCGGGGAGAGCCAUAUUACCAAAGCCUAGUCUCUGAACAUGUUCCAGUGCUUGAUGUCAUCCUGCAACUUUCCAGAUCAGAUCCUCAGACUCUGAAGAAUUUAUGUGGUUUGCCAGAAGUCCCUCAGGAAAUGGCACUGGAGCGACUAGAGCAAAUGGUGGGCAUUGCAGCUGGAUGUUUAGCCACCUUUGUGAAUAUUCCUCUGCAAGGCAAAUUUGCAACUGAUGGCAAGAAAAAGGUAGCAGAAUACCUUGGUGAGAAACUAACAAAAAAAGAGGAGCAAGAGGUGGCCAGUGGAUUCUUGCUUCUCCUUCAUCGUCCAGCAGACUGUAGUACAGUUCUUAAGGUGAUUUAUGCCUGUUGUCAGGCAUCUGAGUCAUUUUGUACCUAUAUCUGUGAAACAGAAACCCACCUGGAGUCACUGCUGGCUCUCUUGAUGGGAAAGGUGGAGGUAGCAGACAUGGAGAUAAACACUGUAGUGGAGAUGGUCCUCUAUAUCCUCUGUUGUUUGGUGAUUCAAGUGCAGCAUCUUCCAGACAGACUUGCAGGUGCUUCAGCCAUGCUGGUAUCUAUAUUUUUGGACUCUACCUUAGCAAGUCACACUGCAGCUGCAGCCUUACUCUUUGGACAGAUGGUUGCCUGUGGAAUGUCAUGUGAGGUUCAACCUGAUGAGAUGUUGCAGGCUUGUCUGGCAGUUUUCACAGACUUAGCAGAGGUGUGCGUACGGUGUCCUUUUGAAUUUGGCAUUUUGGAUGGGUUGCUGCUUCUACUUUGUGAACUGCUUCCUCAGACAGACAUGCCGGUUGCACAACUGUACAUUGAGACAGGAAUCUGGGCUGCCAUGUGGCAUCGUGUGGCCCAGGCUAUGCAGGUCACAGCCUUAAACUGUAAUUUGCCUAUCCACGAUAUAGAAGUUGAAGGUCAAGAUGAAAAGAAAACCUGGGAGUUUAUACCUCCAGGCUGGGAUCUGCUUUCCCCUCAGGGGUUGAUGGCUGCUUUGCAAAUUGCUAUAUCUGUCUUUACGAAGGAGACAUACCAGUGCCUACCCAAUUUGUCUGCCCCUGACGGUGUCCUUAUGCUUACUUUAGUACACUUACUACAGGUCCAGUUUCUGGAUAGUAUUCUUAUCAGGUAUAAGCAGGAAGGAAAGCAACUCCAAGAAGAUUUGAUCUUGGCAGUGACUCAGCUGGGAUGCUUCCCAUUCGCUGUAGAUGCAAGUGAAGAUCUGCUGGCAGAGAUUCAGCACUGCUUGUACACAGUUGAACUGCUGCCACGCCUGCUUGGAGCAUGUGUACGAUGUCUGAAUGGAGAAGCGCUUGAAACACCCAUUGGUCUGGUGACCAGGAUGGUGUUGGGCAAUGCCAUCUUUGUUCAUCAGUUUGCUGCUGCUGUCAGGGAGCUAAAUUGCACUGGGUUCCUGUGUUCCUGUCUUUCGGAGAACAGCCCUCUGUCAGUGAUUUGUGAUGUUGUCUCCAUACUUUCCCACCUUGUGCGGACAUCCCCUGAACACCUGAUUCUUGUCAUGCUUAUCUUACAAGGCACAAAAGGUGACUUUGCCAUUCUCACGACACUGAUGAAUCAUAGCACCUCGGUGGUCAGAUCUCGCAUCUGCAGUCUUCUUGGCAACCUCAUGAAGCAUGAUGCACAGCUAUAUCCUGUGCUUCUGCAGAGAGAAAAGAUCCUGGCAUUUUUGAUAUCGUGUUUACAGGAUGAGGAUUCCAAUGUGAGAAAGUGUUCAGCAUAUGCGUUGGGUAAUGCUAGCUACCACAGUGCACAGCUUUACCCUCGUCUGAAGGUAGCCAUACCUGCUUUGGUGCAGCUUCUCAGUGACCCAGUCAGCAAGAUCAAAGUCAAUGCUGCUAGUGCCCUUGGAAACUUGGGCAUGCAUUCUUCCUUGCUUUGUCCUGACCUUAUGAAGACAAAGGUGAUGGCUCACUUGCUGGAGACAGCUUGUCACGACACACAGCCUGCAGUGCAGGACAGCGCUCUGCUGGCCUUGCGGAGUCUGUGUCAGCAAGAGGAACUGCGCAAGGAGCUGGUGUCACUAAAGGCAGCAGAGCGCCUGUCGUCGCUGACUGUGGUCUUGACGCCCCGCACAGACUCUCAAGCCGUUUCCCCGCGCCCCGAGACUCGUGCCGGCACCCGCCCGGCCAGCAGCCACUCCCUCUACACCAGCGCCACCAGCAACAGCAUCGUCAGCCACUGCAACCGCCUCAUCCGGGUCCUGCAGGCACACAGCUGAGGACGCAUCUUGCAAGUUUGUGAGCAGCUCGCCGCACCUGUAUACAACCUGCACAGCGUGCUGUGCGUCUGAACACAGUGUGGAGAGAGUGUGUGUGUCUACGGCAGUAUGCUUACACAAGUUUCUGCCAGUGCUGUAGUGUGUGUGAUUCACGGCAUUGCCAGCUGGAUAUCGUGCUUAGAUUGUGAUGAGAGCACCUUGAUACAGCCACUCCGACUUUCAUUAGAAACAGUUAAUCAUAUCAUAUUUCUGUACUUACACACGUAGAGGCGAGCUUUUGUUUAUGAGAGGGAGUAUUGUUGUGAGAGUGUGUGAGUGCUUGCGUGAGUGGGAUACGGCAAUCAUAGUGGAGUGCAGUAAAUUAUUCCUUCGGUAAAAACUUGAUGACCUUCAGGCCUGUGACGCAGAGUGACUCACCAUGACAUCUUGCCACAGGCGCAACAAGUGUUUAUGGACUUGUGCUCUCUCCUUUUUCACUUCGUUUACGGAAAUAAGUUUCAUUUGGUCGUAAGCUUAACCAGUGACCGUCCAUUUUAAUAACUGGAUUUGCUUUGUUAGAAAUAAAUCGGCGGUAUGUGUUCGUUUGCUA